AAGAUGAGGGAAAUCAUCAAUCUUCAAAUUGGCGCUUGCGGGAACCAGAUCGGAGGGAAGUUCUGGGAGGUUAUUUCGGACGAGCACGGCAUCGACCCUUGUGGAGUGUAUCACGGCGACUCCGACCUGCAGCUGGAACGUAUCAAUGUGUACUACAAUGAGGCGUCUGGUGGAAAAUACGUGCCGCGCACUGUACUUAUCGACUUAAAACCUGCAACCAUGGAUUCGGUGCGCUCCGGGCCCUUCGGCUGCCUGUACCGCCCCGACAACUUCGUGUACGGCCAGAAUGGCGCAGCCAACAACUGGGCGCGUGGCUACUACACCGAGGGAGUGGAGAUUCUAGAGUCUGCGUUGGACGUUAUUCGGCGCGAGGCUGAAAGCUGCGACUGCCUGCAGGGCUUCCAGAUGCAGCAGUCGCUGGGCGGUGGUACGGGCUCCGGCCUUGGCACGCUGCUCAUCAACCGCAUCCGAGAAGAGUACCCUGAUCGGAUUGUACUCACUUUUUCAGUGUUCCCCAGCGCCAGAGUGUCAGACUGCGUCGUAGAGCCCUACAACACAACGCUGGCCGUCAAUCAACUGGUCGAGAACACCGACCAUACGUUCUGUUUGGACAACGAGGCGCUCUACGAUAUCUGCUUCAGAACUUUGAAACUGACCACGCCGACGUAUGGCGAUCUAAAUCAUUUGAUCUGCGCAACGAUGUCCGGCAUUACGACAUGUCUACGUUUUCCCGGACAAUUGAACGCGGAUUUACGUAAACUGGCCGUGAACAUGGUUCCCUUCCCGCGCCUCCAUUUCUACACGCCCGGGUUUGCGCCGCUCACUUCCCGUGGGGCCCAGCAGUACAGGGCUCUUACCGUCCCUGAAUUGACGCUGCAGAUGUUUGACGCGAAGAACAUGAUGGUGGCGUGUGACCCUCGGCACGGGAGGUAUCUGACAGUGGCAACUAUUUUUAGAGGCAGAAUGUCUAUGAAAGAAGUAGAUGAGCAGUUGGUUAAUAUUCAGAACAAAAACAGCACGUACUUCGUCGAAUGGAUUCCGAAUAAUGUGAAGAUAGCGGUAUGCGACAUUCCACCCCGAGGGUUAAAGAUGGCGUCGACGUUCAUAGGGAACACGACAGCGAUUCAGAGCAUAUUCAAGAGGAUAGGCGAGCAGUUCGUGGCGAUGUUCAGGCGGAAAGCCUUCCUACAUUGGUACACGGGUGAAGGUAUGGACGAGAUGGAGUUCACGGAGGCGGAGAGCAACAUGAAUGACCUGAUCUCUGAGUACCAGCAGUACCAGGACGCCACUGCCGACGACGAGGGGGAGUUCGACGAGGAGGCGGCGGACGAAGGAAUGGAGGAAGAGUGACUAGUUUGGUGUUUGCAUUUGUAUACGUCUAU